GGCUCACUGUAGGAUUUUUCUUAACGCGUUACAUACCUUGCUGGGAUUUUAGCAGAGAUCACAAUAUUAAAAACUUGGGGGAAGGAUUUCUAUGACUCUCGUUUUAACUACGAGGAAAUGUCGACUUCUAGUUUUGUAACGCCCUGCCCAGGAGCGGUGGUCGUUAAUGUGUGGAGCUGGAAUGACGUCCAAGUCAGUUGGUUGCCCGACCUUUAUUCUGCCUUGUCCCGUAGAUUUAGAAAGAGGCUGACACAUCAGGUAACUAGUUUAGAGUCAUCUGAUCAUGCGGGUAAGCAGCGUUUUUCAGAAGCCAAGGCCUUCCCUCUCAUUUCACUACUGGGAAGGGCGGAAAGAACAGAACGGAAAGCUCUUCCUCUUGUGUGAGGCAGUUGCUGUGGAAACCCCACAGGCAGGAGGCCCCUGGACAGCACAUCCUGUCGGCUUGUGUCCUUGCACUGGUGCGCCCCAGGCCAGGCCGGACUGCUGGGACCAGGGCCAUGUAUCGCUACCCCACCGCCCUCCUGGGCCUAGUGCUCUGCCUGGCCCAGACGAUCCACACGCAGGAGGGGCCCCUGCCCAGACCCUCCAUCUCAGCUGAGCCAGGCACUGUGAUCCCCCUGGGGAGGCCUGUGACUCUCCAGUGCCGGGGCCCGGUUGGCGUUUACGCAUUCCGCCUGGAGAGGGAGGAUAGAUUUGAGUAUAAAGAUAAUUAUAAUGUAUUUCGACUUGGUCCAUUUGAGUCCGAGGCCAGAUUCCGCAUCGACUCAGUAAGUGAAGCCAAUGCUGGGCUUUAUCGCUGCAUCUAUUAUAAGACCCCCCGAUGGUCUGAGCACAGCGACUACCUGGACCUGGUGGUGAAAGAAACCUCUGGAGACACGGACUCCCCCGUCACAGAGCCCGACUCCUCAGCUGGACCCACGCAGAGGCCGUUGGACAACAGUCACAAUGAUCAUGCACCUGCUUCCCAAGGCCUGAGUGCUGAGCAUCUUUAUAUUCUCAUCGGGGUCUCAGUGGUCUUCCUCUUUUGUCUCCUCCUUCUGGUCCUCUUUUUCCUCCAUCACCAGAAUCAGAUGAAGCAGGGUCCCCCCAGAAGCAAGGACGAGGAGCAGAAGCCACAGCAGAGGCACGACCUGGCUGUUGAUGUUCUAGAGAGGACAGAAGACAAGGCCACAGUCAAUGGACUUCCUGAGAAGGCCACAAUCAAUGGACUUCCUGAGAAGGACAGAGAGACGAACACCUCGGCCCCGGCUGCAGGGGACCCCCAGGAGGUGACAUAUGCGCAGCUGGACCACUGGACCCUCACACGGAGGACAGCCCAGGCUGUGUCUCCACAGUCCACAAAGCCCAUGGCUGAGUCCUGCAUGUAUGCAGCCAUUGCCAGACACUGAC